AUUUGGCCACCUGUUACUUUUAAACUGUUAAAGGUACCGCAUCAUGAAUAUUAGCUAUUGAGGGCAUUUCCAGAGGGCACGUACUGACUUUUGCACUUUUGUUCUGGCACUUUGGGCUAGUCCGGCUCUUUGAAAGCUGGUCACCAACAGCACCAAUCUUAUACUAGAGAAGGGUGACUUUUGAAUAACUAGAGAAGAGAACUGAGAUCCAGACAUCUGUGGUUCCCUUGGAGGCUGCUGACAACCUUUACAUGAACCUGGGAAGCAUGUGACUGGGUAGGAUGAUAUGUAAAUCAUGUGAUUGAAUUAGGCUCAAACUCAGCCAAGAUACUGAGAAAAGUGGGAGCCUAGAAACCCAACACAGACUUCUCUGUACCAGGCUGGCAGGCACAUCACCGACCUUGAUGCUGGCCCCGAGUCCCAUAGUCACCAUGGACUGUGGGAUGAUCACCUCCAAGACGGUGCUUCUGCUGCUCAGCAUCAUCUUUUUGGCUGCAGGAGCCACCCUUGGAUUUGUGGGAGGACGUUUCAUCUCAUCCUUUGAGGACUUUGAUGCCUUCUUCAGGGAUGAACAGAUCUUGUUGCCUGCCAUCAUUAUCAUAAUAGUUGCUGGUGUGAUGCUUUUCCUUGGGGUGACUGGUUGCUUUGUCACAAUCAAAGAAUCCCAGAUUGGCCUGCGACUUUUCCUGGCCAUUCUUUUGCUGAUGUUUAUCACAGAAGCAGCAGCUUUUGUUUUGGGAUUCAUUUAUCGGGAGAAGGUAGUGGCAGAGGUACAAGAGAAUAUGGAUGAACUCUUUCAGACAUAUGGUAAGGAAAAGCCAGAGACAGAGAUGGUGGAUUUCUGGCAAUCUCAGUUUCGAUGCUGUGGUGUGAAGAACUACACCGAUUGGGUUAAUAGAGAUUGGUUCAACCGCACCGGAAACAACAGUGUCCCUCAGAGUUGCUGCAAACAAGAAUUUAAGAACUGUAGUGGACUCCUCAGUGAGCCUCAAGAACUGAAUACAGUGGGUUGCGCUGGGUUAAUGGAAUUACGAAUAAAGGAACUUAUCAAUUACAUCAUGAUUGUCAUCCUAAGAUUUGCUGUUGUAAAGUUUUUUGGAAUGCUGAGCAUCUUGGUGAUUACAUGCAGGCAAGAAGAGAAUGCCUACCAACCCUUGAACUCAGGAGUGUUUGCUUGAAAAGAGAUGAGCAAAUGAAACUUCACUGAAUCAUUCAAACAGAAGUGGCUUUUACAGACUGACCCCAAAGAAUAUUAAAACCCUGUGGAUAAAUAUUUUUAUUCAUAUGGACUGAAGAUGA